AUUAGUCAGAACAGAACUGAUUAUUAUAGCAUCAGAUCAUUUACUUAAAGGGGUCAUAUAAAGCUACAUGCACAAGGUAGCUACAAGGUGUUUGAACUGAAAUUGUGUUGGCGAUGUGUACACAACCACCUUAAAAAUAUAAAAAUCCAACCAGGGUUUUGGGGUUGGUAGAAUUAGUUUUUUCAAUGUAGAUAAAAGUCAGUUAAGUAUCUGACUGGCCUGAGGUUAAUACUGAGAUAUCUGUUCAUAGCUUUACAUGCCAGUUAGAAUCUCAUUGGUUGAACAAAAAACUGUCAGACGCAGCAUUCACACAUUCAUCAUCAUGUGAGAAGACUAUUUGAUACUGUUGCUUAUGCAUUCGUGAACACUUAAUGUGUUCAAUUUGUGAGGAAAAUACACCCUUUCUCACCUCUACUGCAGCGUCAGUGAUCAGAUGAGACUAUGAAGCGGUUUGGACUGUAUUUCUCUGCUGUCUGGAUAUUGUGCCGCUGCUGCUGUCUUGUCUGUGGCAGAGAUCAAGGUGUGUGCAGUUUAGGGAAGCUCCUUACCAGAAUCAAUUUAAUCACAGAACUACAGUCUGAAAUCCUGCUGCCGUGCCUUUUUGAAGCAGCUCUCACUGGAUCAAACCUGAACAUGAGUUCACUUGCUGUGUGGAAUCACAUUACUGAAACCACUGACGGCAUUGUAGAGAUCAAAGUAAAUGAUCAUGAAAUCUUCUGGAAUAACAGAGGCAAUAGAAUUAAGGCAUUCGGUGCUGCUGCUGCAUCUGGAAACUUCUCCAUCCUGAUUGAAGAUGUGCAGCUGUCUGAUCUGGGGCUCUACCGCUGUGAACUCUUCAGAGAUACCAACUGUUCUCUGGGCUAUAAAGAGAUAAACAUCAGUCUGGCUGCUGAGUUUUCACCGCUCAAUAACUGGCAGCUCAUAGUUGCUGCAGGAGGAGGAGGAGGAUUCCUCCUUCUCUGUCUGAUCACCGUGUGUGUUUACUGGACAUGGACAAAACGUCCAGCAGUUGAUGCGCUGACCUACACAACAGUUGUCUAUGAGGGUCUGCCAUGAAAGCAAGAGUGCAUUUGUCAUAAUUAAAUGCAUUGAUACAGUAGACUGUACAGUAGAUUUAUAUACUGUGUGUAAAAAGCAUUGUUUGUAUAACAUAUAAACUCAGUUGACACUUGGAGACGUACUGUACUGUAUCUUUAUAACAUGGCUGUGGGGGCAGGCUACAUUUCACAACACAUUUCUAAUUUCCAGCCUUACUUUCCUGAAUAAUGGAAAUAAAACUGCAAAACCAGGGUAUAUAAAUAUCAGCAGUUUGUGUGUCAUAUAUUAUAAAUGUUGCAGCUGAAUACAUGAAGUUUAUGAAUACUUCUCAGAAUCUCUGUCUUUCUUUCCACUCACAGGAUCAUUUAUUUUAGAACUGUCAAGUGAACUAUGUUUAACC